AUGCGCCAAUGGGCUGAGAACCUACGAGACACCUUCAACGACAUUCGUAACUCACCCGAUCCUGCUCUUCGCGAGUAUUACCAAGAUCUUCAUGAAUUGAGACAGAAGCACACCCAGGAAACCUGGGAGAAGAAAUUUGGCGAACUGCAAGAAUAUAUGGCUGGUAAAAAUGCCAUCGUGAAAGAAGGUCACUGCGGUGAACUCAGCGAAAUAAGCAUGGGAGGUUAUCGUUCUACAAUCUCCCGAAAGCUGGGACUGAAAUUCACUGAUCGAGAGGAAGUCUUUUUCCAGUUUGAAUUGGCUGACACCCUUCAUCGACAUGCCUAUGCUCGCAAAGCGCGGAUAGACGACCCUGCUGGUCGCUUUGCGAUCUCCGUCAAGGGAAGCAAUGGAAGCGGAGAAUAG